AUGGCAUUCCAGUUUAGCAAAUCCAACCUGCCGAAACAGCUUUUCAUCAACAAUAGAUACGUUGACUCGAAGCACUAUGAAAAGCUUCAACUGUACAAUCCAAAGGACGGCUCUCUGGUCGCCGAUGAUGUCCCCCUCGCGGCCGACCAGGAUGUCGAUCUGGCCGUAGCUGCCGCGGAAGCUGCAUUUCCCCAAUGGAAGAUUACAACACCUUCUGCUCGCCGGGACAUGAUGCUCAAAUUGGCCAAUCUAAUAGUCGAGCACGGCGCCGCGCUCGCAGAGCUAACAAGAAUCACCCUUGGGGCACCAAUGCAUGUCUUCGGUGAGUGGGAAAUCCGUCGAACUGCAGAAGCAUUCAGGUAUUUCGCCGGCUGGACAGACAAGAUCAGCGGCCAGUCUUUUUCAAACGAGGACGGCUUCGUCAAUAUUGUCAUCAACGAGCCACUUGGUGUGACGGCGGGAAUUACGCCUUGGAACGUCCCUCUUCUGACCGUCGGUCUCAAGGCUGGUCCAGCUCUUGCCACAGGGAACUGUUUUAUUCUAAAGCCGUCCGAAAAAACCCCGUUUGCCUGCUUGGCUUUGGGGGCACUGAUCUGUGAGGCGGGCUUUCCGGCUGGUGUCUUCCAGGUCCUGAGUGGGAAUGGACUGACAGGAUCACUCCUCGCGAGCCAUAUGAGGAUUCGCAAGAUCAGCUUUACUGGAUCCAUCGCAACGGGGAAAAAGAUCCAGGAGGCAGCUGCGAAGAGCAAUCUGAAGCGUAUCACCCUGGAGCUCGGUGGUAAGUCUCCAGCAGUGAUCUUUGACGACUGUAAUCUGGCCAAUGCCAUUCGGUGGACAUCGCAAGCUAUCACAACCAUCAGUGGACAGUCCUGCUUUGCCGCAACAAGGCUUUAUGUGCAAGAGGGCAUCGCAGACCGUUUUAUUAGUGGAUAUAGAGAGGCCAUAUUGGAGAUCACACGCAAUAUUGGCGACCCUGAUAGCACAUCUACGCAAAUGGGUCCUUUGGUUGACUCUUCCCAGCACAAACGGGUCGUGGGCUUCAUUGAUCUGGGGAAGAAUACUCAUGGUGGUUUGCUGACAGGUGGCCAACGGCUUGGAGACAAGGGAUUCUUCGUUGAGCCCGCUAUAUUCCUGGAUGUCCCCGAAGAUGCCCACAUAAUGCGAGAGGAGAUAUUCGGACCUGUCGUAAUCAUCAAUACCUUUAAGACUGAGGCAGAGGUGAUGCAGAAGGCCAACGACUCCGAGUUUGGUCUCAUGGCCGGGGUAUUCUCUCAGGACAUCAACCGGGCUUUGCGCUGUGCCUCGAACUUCGAGAGCGGCAUGGUGGGCAUCAACUGCGUCAGCCUCAUGUUUCUUACGGCGCCGCUGGGGGGAAUGAAGCAAAGCGGCCAGGGCAGGGAAUGUGGGGAAGCUGGGUGGAGGUCAUUUGUAGAACCAAAGACAAUCAUGAUCAAUAUGUCGUAUUAG